GGGAAUGUAAGGAGCCAUAUUUGUUAUUGAUCGUGGGAGGCAAACAGAAGUAGAAAUGCAAAAUUAGGCGGCGUUGCGUCGUAUCUCUUUUAGCAAGGCGACAUAAGUCGGUUCAUCGCCAAGAAAUUUUAUUGAAACCGCCUUGUAGGCGUAGAUUUUGUAAGUAUGGCGAGUGCAGCCGGACCAAAGAGCAACAAGAAAAAGCGGCUGUUCAUUAAACAGAAGAGGAAAUUAUUUCGAGCCAAUGAACCGCUGCUCAGUGUUUUCAUGUGGGGAGUCAACCAUUCGAUCAACGAGCUUGGUCAUGUGAACAUCCCCGUCAUGUUGAUGCCUGAUGACUUCAAGGCCUUCAGCAAGGUCAAGGUUGCUAACCAUUUGUUUAACAAAGAAAACAUGCCCAGUCAUUUCAAAGUCAAAGAAUACUGCCCCCUCGUGUUCAGAAACUUACGGGAACGCUUCGGUGUGGACGACAUCGACUACAUGAACUCCCUGACCCGUGCCCAACCAGAGGACCAACCCUCGUCUGCCAGGACUGGGGCGAGAUUUCUCAAAUCCCAUGAUGACCUCUACGUAAUUAAAACCUUAGUCAGUGAGGAAGUGGAACAAAUGCAUCAUAUUCUUAAAAUGUAUCACCAGUUCAUAGUUGAGCGCCAUGCCAAGACACUCCUCCCCCAGUACCUGGGAAUGUACCGCGUGACGGUGAACGACACAGAAACCUACCUGGUGGUUAUGAGGAAUAUAUUCAGCCCCAGGUUGACAAUACAUAAGAAAUAUGAUUUAAAGGGCUCAACUGUAGAUAGACAGGCUAGUGACAAAGAAAAGGCCAAAGAGCUUCCCACAUUUAAAGACAAUGAUUUUGUGAGUGACGGCAUUAGGAUAGAUAUUGGAGAAGAAGCCAAAGAGAACUUAAUGGAAACGCUCAAGGCUGACACAGAGUUUCUUUGCAGCCUCAAUAUAAUGGACUACAGUCUCCUAGUUGGCAUACACGAUGUGGAAAGAGGCGAGCAAGAGAGGAUCAAUCAGCGCGAGGAAGAACUUGAGGAUGGCGUCGAAGAAAUGGAAGGGAGCGACGACUCCGCAGGAAAGCCUGGAUACAGGAAGCACAUCCCAAGUGAAGAUCUGGCGCCUACGCCACCUGACAGUCCCACAAUGCACUGCAUGCCAUUUUUGCCAUUUGAAGAUAUUGAUCCUAAUAUUGAACAUUAUGCCAUGAAAAGUAGUGCUAGUUCACCACAUAAAGAAAUCUACUUCAUGGGAAUGGUGGACGUGCUCACUCAUUACGGCGUAAAGAAACGCACGGCACAGGCAGCCAAGAAUUUACGCUACGGUGCUGAGGCCGAAAUAUCAACAGUAAAACCAGAACAAUAUGCACGUAGGUUUUUAGAAUUCAUCCAAAAGAGCAUGCAGUAGGAAGGAACAGGCAGGAGGAGCCUUCUAACUUUCAGAAAAAAUCAGAUCGAGAAAUCGGCCAUUGGGAAUUCUUUCUCGUCGCAUCAUCUGCGCUCUUAUUAAUUAACCUCAUUAAUCUGGUCAGUCAUUUUAUGCAUGUACAUUAAUUCUAUACUCAUGAUUCAUGUAUGUUAAUGUGUACUUGGUUGUAUGCAUGAACAGUACAAAAUAUAUCAAACUACAAAAGGCAGGGGACAAUUUCACUAAAGGACUUUAGUCUAACAAUUGGUCUAAAUUUUAGUCCGGCAAUUGGUCUAAACUUCUAUGUCAAAAUUUUGAUUUAUUUUAGUUCGUGAUGACCCAUAAGUAUUUGGUAUAGAUUAUAUUGAUCUGAAACAGGAAACCUUUUACGUUGUAACACCAUUUGUUGCAAUAUAUAAUUUUAAAAUUUUGUACAGGCUAAAAUUGCGGCCUUAAACUUUAGACCAACUUUGUGGCUUAAGUUUAUCUGUGAAGCAGGGCACUGGAGUAAGGACUUGUUGCAGUUGUGUCUUUUUGUCUUACACCAAGGCUGCAAACCAAACAUCAGUCAGUGUUUUGGCUAACUGUAGCUGCCAUCAAGUGUAAUAUAUGUGUACAUUGCUGCUUGAACACAUUUAGGAUGUAUUCUUACGUAUAUAUUGUGUAGGGAAGUUUGGUUAUCACACUGUCAAUGUGGACAAGGUGAAAAUGUCUUCCUGGUUCCAAUUAGAAAGGUAUUCUCCAUCAAGAAACCGCUUUUCUGAAAAUGGUUAGGACAUAAAGCCGGAUAAGAAAUGCAAAUGGAAGUCUUCUAAGUUUUGAUAAGGUAAAAAAAAAAAACUAAGACAGGUAACAUUAAUUCUUUUGAAGAGCAUUAUUAUUAUUAUUAUUAUUAUUAUUAUUACAAAGGCGAAUUUUCCUGAGGGCAGUAAAUUAGGUGUAAAAAUAGGGGGAAGAGAGGUGGGGGGGAGGAGAAUUAAUGUUUCAAGGAAAGAAGAGUUUCUGGUCAAGCAAAGGCAUAAUAUUGUUUGUGGAUACAAUAUUUGAUGUAGUAAUAAAUUGGGAGAUUUGGUGUUUGUUAUUAACUCUAUUGUUCAUGGGAUAAAAAGACAUAAUGGUUCAUGUCAACUGAGGCACGUAAUCCUUUGCAUGCAUCCACACAGCUAUGGUAGCCAGAAAAUGGGUUGAUAUUGUGUUAUGAAAUCAUUUAUUAAGCCCCCUUUACACUGGACAGGAUCCUUUCUGCGUCCCAUAGUACGACCCGCUUAAGAGUAAAAAAUAAUAAUACUUUACAUACUGACAACUGGCUGAUCAUUGAGCAUCCAUUUUGCAAGCAAAGAGAUGCUUAAGGUUCCUUUCUACAACCGCAGUGAUGCCAGUUUCAUCAUCGCACAAAGGACGCAGAAAGGACUCAGUCCAGUGUAAACGGGAUUUUAUAAAGGUGAAGAAAUGUUACUGUGCGCACGUCAUGGAAAAUUUGUCAGAGAGAUGAGUAGAGGAUAUAGUUCAACACUUAUGAAGCCAACAUGUAAGUCUACUUUAUGAGCCAAAUAGUCCACUGUAGUAGAUAGGUGUUAACUCCUAUUAUAUUGUAUUGUAGAACAGCUUUAUAAGGCAUGAUUGUUUCAUAAUUCUUUGGGAAAUUUUUGAAAUUAAAUGGCGUAUGCUGCUGUUGUUGGUAAAAAGUAUGUUGCCGUAUUUUAGUCUUGGUUGAUACUCGUAGUUGCAACCUUGAUUCAUUCAGUUAUUUGUGUUCAUCUUUAUGUUUUAUCUACCUUCCUGAGCUAAAGUGAAAAUCAAUAUCUUGUUCAGUUCUGACCUAGAAAAAAAAAAAGCUAUCCUUGUAAUUCACUCCAUUCAUGUUACACGUGAAAGUAUUUGGAAGUCAGAUUAGCUUUUCAUUUUCAGCUCUUUUGUUCAUGAAGGAUCUCCUGUUCAUUAGCAGAUCUAAAUGUAUUAUGUUUACUGAUGACAAGUAUUUGAAUUUAGAACUGUUUGACAGUGUUAAUUGUCAUAUAUUAUCAUGAACAUUUAUAGUGUUAGGUAAAGUACCUGUAAGUAGCUCACGUAUCAGUAAUUAGUUGUCACAUAAAUUGACGUGGAAGAACAAUGAAUUUCAUCAUUCACUUUUGUCAAAUAUCAAAUUGGCCAGACAGGAUAACAUU